GUCUGGGGUCAGGGGUUAGAUACAGCAGGAAGAAAGAAACCAGAAACUUCAGUCUGAGUCUGGGGUUGAUCGUUUGCAGUUCAGGAGGGCCCAAAUCGGCCAGAAUACCACUGUAAACCAUGGGAUUUUCACGAUCGGAGAUCAUCUCGCUCGUGCUGGCAAGCAUCGUGCUGGGCGUUCUCCCCUUACGGGACCCUGUGACGGGAUACGAGCGGGAGAGAGUCGUGUGCCCCGGCAAGAGCACCGUAUGGGGGCCCGGCCUUGAGUCAAAUUUCGUGGUCCCGGCGCGAUGGUUUUACAUCCAGGCUACAGAUACUAAUGGCGAGAACUUCACCUACUCUCCCGGGGACAAGGCGUUCAGGGUCAGCAUCUCACCUACCGGCGGCGGCAGGGCCCGUGUGUGGGUGCAGAAACUGGAUCGACAGGACGGCACUUUUCUCGUACGGUACAAAAUGUUCGAUAGUUAUGACGGUCUGAAGAUAGAGGUGUUCAGCGGGGACGAACCGGUGGCGGACUCUCCCUACCUCCUGCCCGGUCGCGUGUACCACGAGAACUGCUACUGUCCCCAACAGGACCACCAGAAGUGGGAAGCCGACAUGCAGUGCCCCUCGGCCUUUCCCCAGAUCGAACGUGAUCUAGAAAUAUUCCCCAAAAUUAAUCUAAACCGGGUCUCCAAGGAAGCUGUGGACCGGUUCGGCACCCACCACAGUCUCUGUCACUACACGGUCAAGGACAACAAAAUCCACCGGAAGUGUCACGGACAACACACCGGGUUUAAGAUGUUUAUGGACGCCACGUUGCACUCCAUAACUCGGAAAGUGCGGAUCCCGGACAUUGAGUUUUUCGUGAACCUCGGGGACUGGCCGCUGGAGAAGAGACAGGUUAAAGACGGGCCGCUGCCGAUUUUGUCGUGGUGCGGGUCCGAGGAAACACGGGAUAUCGUCAUGCCCACCUACGACCUGACGGAGUCCACCCUGGAGACCAUGGGGAGGGUGAGUCUGGACAUGCUGUCCGUACAGGGGAACACCGGCCCCAGGUGGGUGAACAAGACGGAGCAGGCGCUGUGGCGCGGCAGGGACAGCCGCAGGGAGAGGCUCAACCUGGUGGACCUCGGCCGCAAGUAUCCCGACCUCAUCGACGCCGCCCUCACCAACUUCUUCUUCUUUCGCGACGAGGAAGCCAAGUACGGGCCGAAGGUGCAGCAUAUCUCCUUCUUCGACUUCUUUAAGUAUAAGUACCAGCUGAACAUUGACGGCACGGUCGCCGCGUACCGCCUCCCGUACCUGCUGGCCGGGGACAGCGCUGUGUUCAAGCACGAGUCUGUGUACUACGAACACUUCUACAGCGACCUGGAGCCGUACGUGCAUUAUAUUCCCUUCAGGAAGGACCUCACAGACUUGGUCCCGAAGAUACGAUGGGCGAAGAGAAACGACGACGACGCUCGGCAGAUCGCCGAAAACGGCCGGGAAUACGCGAGGAAAAACCUGCUGGCCAACAGCAUCUUCUGCUACUACGAGAGGCUAUUCCGGGAGUACGCCAGCCGACAGGUGGACCAGCCGCAGGUGCGGGAGGGGAUGGAGGAGGUACCGCAGCCGACAGAGACCGCCUGUCGUCUCUGCGACAGGAUCGACAGCAAACACGACAAUCGCGACGAGCUCUAACCUGUGGUGACUAGGAACAUUUAGACCAAAUAAGGAUAUGAAGAGCACUAAACUUAAACACUUAAGAGAUGAAAACUUCUGUUGCACAGGUGUCAGUUCUCUUUCGCCAAGUUUUCUUAGCACUUUUUUAAGGCAGACACUACUACCUAGUGCGUAGCUGCCAUCCAAAGACAACAUUCUGGAGGAAGCAUUCCUUAAAAAUGCACAUAUCGUUAUAGGGUAUAUCUUUAUAUAUGUAUAACUAAAAGUUACGCACUGCUAGUAUGCUUCAAAGCAUUCCAAAGUUAUGUAGCUUAUACUGCAGCUUCUUUAUGUAUCAUUAGAUAGAUCAGUAGUUUGGGCAUUGUUUCCAUAUGUACUGAUGCGUAAGUUACGCGUCUUUAGCAGAUCAGUCGAUGUAACCUUACCCAUACAAGUGGCACCCAGGCCAUGGGUUAAUUUGACAGGGCACAGCCAUGACAGGAGGACUGGUGGUCUGGUUUAGUGCAGGGCGCGUGGGUCAUUUUCAAUGGAGCUUGAAUUACGGUGAAUACAAACAUUGUCUAGUAAGUAACUAUCACUUGUUCGGGUCGUCGUAUUACCCAGAUAAGGUAUUUCGAGGUGGAAGAGAGUGGAAAUAUUAUCACCAAAUAUUGUUAUUUUUAUUUAGUUCAAAUGAAUUGCAGUAUGAACGAGUGUUAUGUAAGAAAUAAAUCUGUGUUUCAAUAUGAA